GCCUACGCUGCAGAAAUGCAAGAGGAGCAACAGCCUGAGGCUGCUGCAGAUCCAAUGUCGUCCUCUGAUGCACCAGGAGAUGGCCCAAAGGGAGCACCAAGUAUAUCACAGAAUAUCUCUUCUCUCUUUCCCUUACUGAACUGCGUGGACAACCUGUCCCAGUGUCCACAGGGUAGGAAACCUGGACUGAGACCCAUGCUUGGAGGCAGCCUCUCCAGUGAUGGCACUCUCAAUGAUGUAGCUUCAGAAUUGAAUCUGAUGCAGAUGCAUUUAAAAUCCUCCUGGAGAUGAAGCUGAAGAAGAGGCAGAAAAGGCCUGCUUUACCAAACACUGUGACUGAGCUUAAUACUGAGGAUGGUUCUAAAGUGUAUGUGGUUGGAACAGCCCACUUCAGUGACAGCAGCAAAAAGGAUGUAGUAAAGACAAUACAAGAAGUGCAGCCUGAUGUAGUUGUGGUGGAACUGUGCCAGUACAGAGUUUCUAUGUUAAAAAUGGAUGAAAAGACAUUACUAAAAGAAGCCAAAGAAAUAAAUCUGGAAAAACUUCAACAAGCUAUAAAACAGAACGGAGUCAUGUCUGGAUUGAUGCAAAUGCUGCUUCUGAAGGUUUCUGCUCACAUCACAGAGCAGUUGGGAAUGGCCCCAGGAGGAGAAUUCAGGGAGGCUUUCAAAGAGGCCAGUAAAGUACCUUUCUGUAAAUUCCACCUUGGUGACCGGCCCAUCCCUGUUACAUUCAAGAGAGCAAUUGCUGCGCUUUCCUUCUGGCAAAAAGUCAAGCUUGCCUGGGGCCUUUGCUUCUUAUCUGACCCCAUCAGUAAAGAUGAUGUGGAGAAAUGCAAACAGAAGGAUUUACUGGAACAGAUGAUGGCAGAAAUGAUUGGAGAAUUCCCUGAUCUUCAUCGAACGAUUGUCUCCGAACGAGAUAUUUACUUGACCUACAUGCUGAAGCAAGCAGCAAAGCAGAUAGAACUACCUCGAGCUUCAGAAAAUGAACCUAGAAAAUACAUCCCAGCUGUUGUAGUUGGUGUUGUUGGCAUGGGUCAUGUACCUGGGAUUGAAAAGAACUGGAAUUCUGACUUAAAGAUCCAGGAAAUAAUGAGUGUGCCUCCUCCAUCAGCUUCAAGUAAGAUUUUCAAAUUUGUUUUAAAAGCAACAGUGUUUGGACUGCUGGGAUACAGCUGCUACCGAAUAGGUCACAGGACAGUUCAGUUUGUUCUCUCAAUGCCAGCAACACAGAGCUAUCUUCAGAGGCUGACAGAGAUGCCUCAGCAGUGAACAAGCAGUAGAGCCUCUCUGUGAAGAAGGUGGCUGAAGAAAGGGCGAUGGAGGCAAUGCAUGAACUGGACUGAAGGAUGAGGAUUCUAGUCAGACCUGAUUGAUGCUGAGCAACACUCAAUCACUAUAUAAUAAAAGAUUUGGUACUGAAGUUACACCAGCUAUGAUCUAAUUAAUAGUUUUGAUUCUUGAUAGGUGUGUUGCAUGAAACCAGAUGAUUCCAGAUUGAGGUAAAAGAAAUGUGUAUCCAAAUUAUAUAUAUAUAUUAUAUAUGCAUACUAUAUACAUGUACACUAUAUAUAUGCAUUGUAUAUAAUAUAUAUAUAUAAAACUGAUGAUGUAGUACAGGCAGCUUAAAGGGUGUGUGUUCAUGGCUCCUUUACAACACAAAGUAUCCUAAUCAGCUGCAUCUCCUCUGAAGUUCAGGGACACUUGAGUGAUUCUUUCCUUUUUUCUUAGGUAUAAUAAUACCAAGUGUUUGUUUCUGGUGCCAGACACUUUUACACAUAAUUUAAAGGACAUCUUCUCAAUGUGUGUUUUAUACCUAAAACAUUUAGGCUUUUUUUAAACGUAAGAGCUUUCCAGAAAUUUCAGAAUUGUACAGGCUGUCAUACGUACACGGCUCAAAUUUUUUACAAGCCUUACUGAAGAACAGGAAUGUUGCCUUUAGAUUGCAUCCCUUGUUACCACCACCAGUUGAAUUGUCUUUCUCCUGCAUAGAGAAGGUGUAGCCACCCCAUCAGAAUGCAGUGUGGUUUGUGUCAGAUGUUUACAGGACACUCUGUUCCUUUAGCUUAUUUAAACUAUUAUUUAGCCAAAUCCUGCUGGUUCCAGUAUUGUAAAUUUAAGAGACUAGAACUACUGUACAAUUUACUUUUGUUUCUCUGACCUUUCAUAUUUGGCAUAAAAAGCCUGGAAUUAACCUGCCCCUUGUUUUUGCUACAUGAAUAUACUUUAUUUAUCAAUGUAAUUUCUUGGUGGAUGAAUAUUUUAAUCUAUUUAAUAGGAAAGCAGUGUUCAAUUUAGUUUUUCAACCCAAUGUAGCAUUUUAUUUGGAUUACCUGCUAUUUAUAUGCAGAAUUAUGGGUACUACAGACUGCUGUUACUUUCUUUUUUAAUUAUCUGGAACACUCAUCCAUCAUCAAUCUUUCUUUCUUUCUUUCUUUUGUUUUUUUAAUCCUAGCUUCAUAUUUCAUUGGAAUUUUUUGGUUCCUUCCCUUUUUAUAGGAUUGUCAGUGAUUGUAAAAUGCUCUUGGCAAUCAGCUAGUCCUGAUUCAACAACAGAGAUAACAUUGUCAUAUCAAAGUUAACCCAAUGUAUUUGAGUGGAAAAGUCCCAUUUGCUCCUCAGGCUCAUACACAAUUGCUCCUUGCUUAAAGUGAGGUUUCUAUCUGUAUUAAUUUCUUUUGGGAAUGAAAGAUGGGAACCAAUAUGUGAGGCAGGAGGAGGAAAAGGUGAUGUUGUGUUUUGUGUUUCAUUGUGGUUUUUCAGUUGGUUCAAUAAAAUCCAGAAACCACUUUUAAUAGGGCAUAUUUCCAAAGGCUUGUGUUGGAAAUAGUUCCAUACAGUCUUUGUUUGCUAAAAGUAUGUACAUCUGUCUUCUGUACAGUAUAGUCUUUUUUGAGCUUUUAAAUUUAAGGGCCUGAUGCUCCUCUCUGUGAUGGCUUUGAUAUUGCUGGGAGUUGGUCUGUCCAUGCAACCUGAUGCUUUUCUGGCUUGCUCUUUGAGAACUGUAUGAGUUCCAGUGCAGCAAAUGAUUAAAGUGCAUGUUUAUCUUAAACCUUACUGAAUCUAACCCGAUUCUACAGAGCUCCUAAGGUGAUGCUAGGUGCUCUUCUGGGUCUGGGCCUUACAGGUGUCCAGGGAAUAAAUCUUAGCAAAUGAGAAUGACAGCAAUUCAUGCUUCUAGGACACAAAGUAUAAAUGAUAAUACAGAAAACAGUGGGGGCAGGUCCUUUUAUUUUCUAUUUAUUAGUGCUUAAGAAACCACCAGCCAUCUCUAGCAAGAGGAGAAGCAGUAUUUAUAAAGAAUUUAUAGAAUAGUAGAGUGACUGCCUAAAUUUUGAUUCCUGUUUUUUAAAAACAUUUAAUGUAUUGUUUACAAUUAAGCAGUACUAUCUGAAUAAUUCUAUUACGUUUUAUGUACAUUUUUUAAAAGAUGAAAGCAGAAGCUUAAGCUCACUCUUCUCCUGUCUUUACUGACAUACCAAAAUGUUGUUCUGUUGGUUAUUUUCUUGAGAAUAUUUAGCUAGUAGAAUUAAAUAUAUGGAUAUUUUGCUUUAAGUUAUCUACAGAUUUUUAAAGUAUCUGCAGCUAUUUUAAAAGUUCUGUAGAUCUUUGAUAUCUGUGCUCAGGUAAUUUUACACAAAGGAAAACAAAUCUAAGGUAAAUUUUAGAUAGGAGCCUUAAUCUUGGGUGGGACUAAUGCUAAAUGAUUGUCAUGGAGCAUUCUUGUACACUUUGUUUUAUGCUUUUUAGCCAAAAGUGAUUACCAUCUAAGGUGUCCAUUUGUUAUUCAGUUAUACUCUCCAGUCAGUACCUUAAGUCUAUUGUUUCAAUCUUUUUCUUUUUUUGUUUUAUUUUAUUUUUUUAACAAACCAUAUCAGCUGAUUCUUCAGAGAACUUCUUGGAGAAUUUGCAAUUUACCUUCCCACUGUUGCAAAUUGGCAGAUCAUACGCAUGCACUGUUUAUUCAGUGGCACUGGAAAGUGGUGAAUUUGCAGAACUAACAAUUCUAUUAAUCCAUACACAGAUUCUUGAUGUUGUGUAUUCAAUGUGUUGUACUGUUUAUAUAACAUAAUCCAUGGUUUAGGUCCAUUCUUUUCUGUUCUAGUCAGUCCUUUCAGUGUUAGCAGCAUCCUGUAAAAUUUAAGUAUAUGUUGAAUUGUCCCAGCCCCACCUCAACCUUAUGAAGCCAUAUUGUAUUUUUUUGGUGACAUGUACAUCUGUUUUAUGCAUUUGUACAUGUGAUGUAAAUUUGAAGUAUUUUUAACAAUGUGUGCCUUUAAAGUGAUUUAAAGUAAACAGCAGUAUGUUCUAUUAUAUAAAAAAUAAAAUAUUUUACCCACCAUUUCUGUUGAAGGUAUUUAUUUUCCUAAUUAACCAGUAUUUUUAUUAAGAGCAAACACUGGUUAGCUAGAUCUAGUACAGGAUAAUUCCACCAUCUAACACAUUUUCCUGGAGAACAUUAGUUGGAUUAAUUAUCUUCUGCUGAGUGUAAUACUGGAGCAGGGGAACUAGUUUCUCUACCUACCCCAUGUAACUGGUUAAGAGGAAAAGGAUGAGUUUCCCUGCCCUACUGAACACACAGGUAGACUGCUCAAUGUGAGAACCUAAAUUCAGAGUUCAGAGUUAGGCAUGGUGAGUUGACUUUGUUGUUGUUGCUUUUCAUGACUCCAGUGCUCAGUCUUGCAAGGAGCUGACAGCUGUAGUCCCAGUCCAGCAGAGCACUCCAACGUUGGCUUUACAUCAGGCACAGUCGUUUGUACCUAAAGUGCUGUCCUCUGUGUGGGAAAUAGAUCCUUUAAGUGCAAAAGAUGUUGAAUCAUGGCAAAGAGCUUUAUCUUUCAAAUUGACACGGGUAAAUCAAUAUGACCAUUACUUAAAAAUAUAUAUAUUAAUACAAAGACCCUGUAUUCAUAUAUAUGAUAAGCUGUAUUCCAUACAGAUAAUGUAUAGUCUGUGUGUACCCUUUGUCAAUCAGUGGUCCAUCUUUUUUGAUUGUGUGUAAAGCAAAAUGCAGCCAUUUUUUCCUUGAUCAGGCAAAGUUCCCUCCAGUUGCAAUUGGAGCCGUGGCUGCAAAGGAUUGCUGGUAAAACCAUUUAGGUGGAAGGAAAAAAACUUUAAAUACUGUAGUGCUGUCCCUGGGAGUGGCAGAGGACACUGCAAGCAGCUCUGCUCUGGAGCAGUGCUGGCUCAGACAGCUGCCUGCUUUGGGAGCAUAUCCUUCACCAGCAUGACGUUGCACACUGCUGGCCCACGUCACAUUUGAGGUGUCUUUUCUAUACCAAAUACUGAACAAAAUUUAAAAACUGACUUUUUGAAGUGGAUUCAAAUGUCUGUUUCCACUGGAAGCUGUAUUUCUGUGUGAAUUGUAAAACAUCUAAAAAGAGAAACAUAUCAAGUUACCUCUAAGUGCCAGGCAGUGGGAGCUACACAGGGAAAAGAAACAUCACGUUCCCACUUGUGUAACUUAAGAUACUCAUGUAUGUAUUUCCCUAUUUCUUUUUAAAACUGAAAUAAGCUUUAAUUUUAGA